AUGUCGAAAACCAAAAAGGCAGCCAAGCGAAAGCGACAAAAUGAUGCUCAGGCCGAUUUGAGCAAUAAGAAGCGACUCAGUGCGCCUCCCACCCCAGAGUCCUCCGAUGGAGCCGAGCAACGAGUCGAGCCGACGACGGCCUUGAGCCUGCACACUGUGGUGUCCGAGGAUGAGGUCGACAUCACCGUCGAUACUCUGCGUACGCUGGCUGCUCACCCGGCAGUCAUCAAAUCCAAGGCCUGUAAAGAUCUCCGGACAGCAGUCUAUGACUUCCGACAAGCAUGCACCACGGGCAUCAAUACCAUUGCCGAAACGAACCUCACAUCCCGAAUCUCUGCCGCCCUCGUCGAUGGCAAGUACACGGACGCCCUCGUACUGCUCGCCGAAAUGCGUCUGCGCGGCGAGUCGCCUAAGCUGGGAGCAUUGUGUCGCUGGGUGCGGGACCUGGAUGUCACGAGUGGAUUCUCACAGCGCAACGUCGAGCGCCAGCAACGGUCACAGAGUCAGUUGGAACGUUUGCGGUUAUUAGAUGCCAUCUCUAGGGUGACCGGAACAAACGAUCUGAAUCCAUCGAUUUCGCUCCUUUCCUCGUCGGAUCCAUUCAUAUUACACAAGCAAUGGAAUCUCCUUGACCAGGCCGCUACAUCGGACUCGGGUUCUUCAAGCGCGGAGCUCGCCAAAUUCUGCCCACCCGGCAUCAAGAACAAGUUCAAAAUUUUGGAGACCACGCGUGGGCCAGAUCGGAAACCGCCUAAUCUUCACGAUGCGGUCCUAUAUCUUAGCGACGACAACGCUGUCCCGCUUUCUCCAACCCCGCCAAACACAACCCACCACAAGCAUCCGGCCGUCCCGAAUUUGUCGCUCAUGAAGGAUGUCCUGUCCCAUGAGGAAUGCAAGACGAUUGUUGCCUCAAUGGAGGCUGUUGGCUUCCUGCCCGAUGCGCCCGUCAGAGACGAUGGCUCCGAGGCAAGCAUUCUUGCGCACAACGUCUACUGGAUCGUGGAUCAGGCUUUCCACGACCUGCUGUGGCAGAGAGUCCUCCCUUUCAUUCCUGCCGAUAUUGGAGGCAGAAAGGCUCGUGGAAUCAACCGCCGCUUCAGAGUAUAUCGCUACGUCCCGGGAGCAGAGUAUCGCGUUCACUUUGACGGCGCGUGGCCACCCUCUGGCAUUCACCCGACGACGGGAAAAUACCAAUGGGACGCUUCCCCGGCUGACGCCAAGCAAUCGAGCUUUUUCACGUUCUUGGUGUAUCUUAACGACGACUUUGAGGGCGGUGAGACCACCUUCUUCACUCCGAGUCUCGUGGAAGGCGUCAUGAAUGCUCAUCCCGUCCGCCCCAUGAUGGGAUCCAUUGCGCUAUUCCCGCACGGAGAAAGCAAAGGCGCUCUCCUUCACGAAGGGACGGGAGUCAUCAAGGGCGCAAAGUAUAUCAUCAGAACAGAUGUUGAAUACGACGUGGUGCCAAGCCAGACUGCAUAA